AUGGAGCGUCAGUCCGAACAUCGCGAUGAGCACCACCGCCUUCAUUCUUCUCCGAUCAACACCAACCUCCUUUCCUACCGCCGGAGCUUACUACAAGACGAAGACACCUCCAGAGCUAUCGGAUCACCGACGCCAUCCUUCACCACCAACUCACCUUUCGACUCUUCAUUAGCACUCACAAUCCUCGUCCUCCUUACUGUUCUCUUCUUCAUGGCCUUCUUCUCCCUCUACAUCCGCCGUUUCACCAGCUCCGAAGACUCUCUCUCCGGCCACCAACGUCGAUCCGCGCCGCAUUCCCGAAGAGAAAAACACGGCGGACUUGACGCCACCACCGUCCGGUCUCUCCCGGUGGUUCCGUACGGUGGCGAUUCGAAGAUUUGGGGCGAAUGCUCAAUCUGUUUGAGUGAGUUUGAGGAGAGGGAAACAGUGAAAGUGAUUCCGUAUUGUCGUCAUGGAUUUCAUCCUGUGUGCAUCGACAGGUGGCUUUCAUCGCACGUCUCAUGUCCCUUAUGCCGGUCGACUGAGCUAUUUCCGGCCGUCGAUGAGGUGUGA